UCAAGGCUCCCGCAGUCAUUAUGCGUAGCGGCUUAAACGAAAAACCCAAAGCAGAAACGGCGUCGUAAUGGCCUCAGUGUUGCAGUUACGGAGUCGUCGUUCCCUCUGCACCACCUCGUCCUCCAAAUGGAGGGUUAAGCAGGUGACAACCUCCAACUUCCACGAAUCCCUGGAAGAGAUAAAGACGCACAUCUCCGCCUCCGACUUCGUCGCCAUAUCAUUGGGAAAAACGGGCUCUCCCUCGGCGCCGUCGUGGCUCCGCCCUCUCCCCUUCGACACCGCCCAAACCGCCUACUCCAAGGCCCGCCGCUCCGCCCACCGCUUCCAGCUCCUCCACUUCGCCGUCUGCCCCUUCUCCGUCACCCAUUCCAACCACCUCAUCGCUCACCCUUAUAAUUUCGUGUUGUUUCCGAGAGAUGAGUUGAAGAUGGGGAUGCCUGCUUACAGCUUUUCGUGCCAGACUUCGCUUCUCGCCUCCAUGGCGCGCCAGGGGUUUGAUUUCAAUGCUUGCGUCUAUGAUGGCAUAUCAUAUCUAUCUAGAGCACAAGAGUCGGUAGCUAGAAUUCGUCUUGGAACUGCUCUCCCUUCUCAUCCUGUAAUGAAAUCUUCUACACCCUCUACUGUUGCCGAUACAGUUUUUGUUGAGAGGAUUAGAACACGCAUUAAACAUUGGAGAAACUCAUGUAAAAGCUCAGACACAAACACAAGCAAACAUGAAGAACUUAUCAAUUCCCUUAAGAAUAUUGUCCUGGGAAGUGAACUGUUUAGAUCAAGACCUUGCAUGACUAUAGAUGUUUGCAGUGAACGUCAAGUGCAGCUUAUUUUGGAGAUGUUGGUAGAUUACUCAGAUGAUCUUCUUCCUUUGCCAAUCCCUACAAAGAGUGGAACCACUAAUGCAGUACGAAUUGUUUUGGCAAAUUCAAAAGAAGACAAGGAUUUGUUGGAGAGAGAGCUUCAAAAUUUUGAAGAGGAGGAGAGCAAGAAAAUUCGUGGAUUUCGAGAGGUGAUCGAUUUGAUUUCUGCUUCACAGAAACCUGUUAUCUCCCACAAUUGCCUUAAUGAUUGUACACUAAUUCAUUCAAAAUUUAUUGCACCACUUCCGCCUGAGGUAGAUGAAUUUGUGAGCUCCUUGCGCUCAGUUUUCCCCAAGGUACUUGACAUAAAUUAUUUGAUGAAGAAACAUGGAACCAUGAGAAAAGUGACCAACAUUCCGAGUGCUAUGUCCUACUUGAAUAAUCAUUUCUUUGCACCUGUUGAUUUGGAAAUUCCUGACCAAGCUACAGUAAAAGAAGGCAAGAUUCAUGGACUUAAUGCAUUAAGGCUUUGCUAUUUAUUUAUGAAACUCUGCUCUAUAUUGAAAAUUUCCCCAAAUGUUACUGAAUCUGGUAAUAAGCAUUUGGCCCCCGAGCUUGAAGACUUCACCAAUGUAUUCCAUCCAUGCUCAGCCCCUAUUCAAGAUUCAUCUAAUGGGGAUGUUGGCGUGUGGACCAAUAAUACAAAAAGAGUCGGUUGUGAACAAUUGGUUUUCUUAUGGGGAUUCAAAUUUGGUAUGACAGCUGGCAUGCUGAAGAGUGUACUUCGUUCAUCCCAUGAUAUCUUUUCAGGAGAGUUUGAUGUUAAAUUGGUGGAUAAAAGUUGUGCCAUUGUUGUUUUCUGGCAAUCUGGGGUAUCAAAAGAAUUUAUGGACGUGAUGAAUAGUGAAGAAAUAAGGGGGGACUUAAAGGAGUUGGUGUCAGAUGGCCUGCGGGUAACUGGUUAUGAUACCUACAACACGAUAUGCAGGCUAGGUUUGUGGGAGAUGGAUCUUGCAGUGUCAUUAGAAAGAGCCUUGGAAAGUUCUAGCUGUGAGAAUAAUUGUGAGAAAAAAUCUUCUGAGAUUCAUUGGUAUAAUGACAAUGUGAUUAACUUGGAUGAUCUUUAACGUUGUCAUGAACCUAUUAUUGAAAUUUUUAGUUCUAUCAUUCAUUUAUUGCAAGUAACAGGAUUUGUUUAUGUGA